AUUGUGAGAUAUGCGGGAAAUCAUUCAUGUUGAGCGGUGUCCUAAAAACGCACAAAAGAAUACACACAGAGGAAAAACCUUAUGAUUGCAAAAUAUGCGGUAAAUCAUUCAUUGAUAAUUCUCGUCUUGUAGUUCACAAAAGAAUACACACUGGAGAAAAACCUUAUCAUUGUGAGAUAUGCGGGAAAUCAUAUAUCACUAAUUCUCAUUUACUUGUUCACAGGCGAAAGCACACUGGUGAAAAACCCUAUCUUUGUGAUAUCUGUGGGAAAUCUUUUUUCUCUAACUGUUAUUUAACAAAACACAAACGAACACAUACUGGAGAAAGCCUGUUCCACUGUGAAAUAUGUGGGAAAUCUUUCAAUGAAAAUUCCAAGUUUACAAUCCACAAACGUAGACACAAUGGCGAAGACCCAUUUUGCUGUGAAAUAUGUGGUAAAUCGUUCUCAGUGAAUUAUAGUCUUGUCGUACAUAAACGUAGUCAUACUGGAGAAAAACCUUUCCACUGUGACAUGUGUGGCAAAUCAUUUAUCAGUAACAGUCUCUUAAAAAGACAUGAACGAUUACACACUAGUGGUAAGCCUUUUAAAUGUGAAAUGUGAAAAACCUUCUUACAAAUCUAAAGUUAUAGUCCACCAACAGAUAAACAUUGGAGAAAAUUUGUCAUGGUGAAUCAUUAUCACCAUU